UCCUUGUUUCCUCUAUAUUCUCAAGCAAAGCUGUUAUAUGUUGAUAUGAAAGAGGAAGUUAUCACUAACUGAACAACUUUCUAAUGGCCUCUUCUUCCACAAUUUGUCCACCUUUUCAAUUUUCAGCAAAGUAUUAUCACCCUUCCAAUGAUGGAAGCAGCUGUGUGAGGGAUAGCAGUUUCUUUGGAGGGAAACCAGUGCUGAAUCAAGGUGUUGGCUAUUCUGUGAUUCUUGGAUUUGGAGCAUUCUUUGCUGUUUUCACCUCUUUCUUGGUAUGGUUAGAAAAGCGGUAUGUUGGAUCCCGCCACACAUCAGAAUGGUUCAAUACGGCAGGCAGAAAUGUUAAGACAGGACUUAUUGCUAGCGUUAUUGUAUCUCAGUGGACAUGGGCUGCAACAAUUUUACAAAGUUCAAAUGUUGCCUGGGAAUAUGGAAUCAGCGGCCCCUUCUGGUAUGCAAGUGGUGCUACAAUACAAGUACUCUUGUUCGGUGUAAUGGCAAUAGAGAUCAAAAGGAAAGCUCCUCACGCACACACAGUUUGCGAAAUUGUGAAGGCUAGAUGGGGAACUGCUGCUCAUCUUGUCUUUCUUACUUUCUGCUUUAUGACAAACAUAAUUGUUACCGCCAUGCUUCUACUUGGUGGUUCUGCAGUCGUGAAUGCUCUUACAGGGGUUGAUAUAUAUGCAGCAAGCUUUCUGAUACCUCUUGGUGUAAUCAUCUACACUCUAGCAGGAGGCUUGAAAGCCACUUUCUUGGCUAGCUACAUACAUUCUGUAAUAGUUCAUGUGGUAUUAGUCGUCUUUGUGUACCUAGUGUACGUUGCAAGCAGUGAGCUUGGUAGCCCAAGCACCGUAUACAGACGUUUAUUGGAGGUUGCCAGCAAAUCAAGAAGUUGUCAAGAACCACUUUCUCAUGUUGGGCAAUCUUGUGGUCCUGUAAGUGGAAAUUUCAAGGGUUCUUAUGUUACAAUGCUGAGUUCUGGUGGUCUAGUUUUUGGGAUUAUCAACAUUGUUGGAAAUUUUGGAACAGUUUUUGUUGACAAUGGAUACUGGGUAAGCGCUAUUGCAGCAAGGCCAUCAUCCACUCACAAGGGGUACUUGUUGGGUGGAUUGGUUUGGUUUGCUGUACCAUUCUCUUUGGCAACAUCACUAGGUAUAGGAGCAUUAGCACUAGAUCUCCCAAUAACAGCAAGUGAAGCAAGCCAUGGACUUGUACCUCCUGCAACAGCUAUUGCUUUAAUGGGAAAAGGGGGAUCCAUUCUCCUACUUACAAUGCUUUUUAUGGCUGUAACAUCUGCUGGUUCAUCUGAGCUCAUUGCUGUCUCGUCGCUAUGUACUUAUGAUAUCUAUCGUACUUACAUAAAUCCAGACGCAAGUGGUAGACAAAUCCUAAAAGUCUCCAGAUGCGUGGUCCUUGCUUUUGGAUGUUUUAUGGGCAUCUUAGCAGUCAUCUUAAACAAAGCUGGAGUUUCUCUUGGAUGGAUGUACCUAGCAAUGGGAGUUUUUAUUGGCUCGGCAGUUCCUCCCAUAGCUUUUAUGCUGCUAUGGCGUAAAGCGAAUUCAUUUGGUGCCAUUCUUGGAACAGUCACUGGUUGUGUUUUGGGAAUAAUCACUUGGUUAUCAGUAACAAAAGUUGAAUAUGGGAGGGUAAAUCUUGAUACAACAGGACGGAAUGCACCUAUGCUAGCUGGAAACCUUGUCUCUAUCCUGACUGGUGGAGCUGUUCAUGCUUUCUGUAGUUUCUUGUGGCCUCAAGAUUAUGACUGGGACACUACCAAGAAGAUAACGAUGGUUGAAAAGGAAAAAAGUGACUUACCAAUUGACGAGUUUAAAGAAGAAAAGUUGAUCAGGGCAAAAGCAUGGAUAAUUAAAUGGGGAGUUGGUUUUACCAUUGUAAUUGGACUACUGUGGCCUCUGCUUACACUUCCUGCUGGGCAAUUCAACAGAGGAUACUUCACAUUCUGGGCUGUCGUAGCUAUUGCAUGGGGUACAAUUGCUUCAGCUGUAAUUAUUGUUUUACCACUAACAGAAAGCUGGAAAACCAUCCAAAGUGUACUUCUUGGUAUGUUUACAAACGACAGGCUAAUGGAAAAGAUUGAAGAAUUGAACUUUAAACUGCAAACUGUAUUAUCAGCACUGCCUGAAGCAGAGAGAAUUUACUUACUCGAGAAAGAGAAGACAAAGAAGAGAGAAGCAUCAGAAAUCGAAGCUCAAAUCAUUCCUUCAUAAACGAGUACAUCCCUGUUUAGAAGUAGCUCACCAAAACAGAGUUGUGAAAGCUGUUGAUAACAAAACCGAAGUCAGCAAUAUAUAUCCUGGACUGAGUUUUCUCCAGUGCUAUUAUCUGUGAAAAUCCUUAUAUUUAAUAUCGUGCAGCAUAUAUGGAUCUUCUCACCUUGAAAAUUGGAUGCUGUAAGUCAUAUUUACGUAAAAAACUGAUAUACU